UGCUGCCAGUGCUCCGCGACGCUGAGGCCCGCCGCCGCCACCGCGGGGGGCGAGGUCUGGAGUGUGGUGGUCGGAUGGCGAUGUGGCCUUACACCACCGUGUGCAUGCCUCCGUAUGUGUGUAUGUCACUUAUUAUAACUUAGUAAAGGUUGGGCGUGGAGUGGCGUAGCGUGGGUAGGCUUUUCCGUGCCAGUUCUGUCAUCGCGGCUCGCUCAUGGACUCCGCGCUUCGGCUUGGGCUAAUAACUAUUACGCAUGUGGCGAGUGUGUGUGUGUGUGUGUGUGUGCGCAUAAGUGUGUGAGCGCCCGCAUGCUCGCGAUCCUGGCAUGCCUCACGAAAGCGAAACGCGUCACUCUCAGCCUUGCCCUGUUCGAGUCCGCUCGUCCUUCAUGCCCUCCCGUACCCGUCCUCCGCACCCUCCCUGCGGAUCUCUCCGGUGGAAUUCGUCGUCCUACCUUCACGUCUCGUGGGACACCACAGCCUCUCUCUCUCUCUCUCUUUCUCUCUCCGUCUCUUCUUUUAGUUUGUGAUGACAGGGGCAGUUUCACGGAAGGUUUGGUGCGCUUGCGGUCCCGCUGGGGGUCUCUGUGUAUCCGGUAAAGAGCCGCGCCGCGCCCGCCAACAAAGCCACCGAGGUGGACAGCGGCGGUGGGGCGGUGGCCUGCGGUGGCCGCGGAGGUGCCAGUCAGCCCAUAACGACAUGGGGUGUCAUGCGCGUUCUCUCUCUCUCUCGUUCUCCGCUUCUUCUCCUUCUCAGUCCUCACAUACUCGAUCCCUACGGUCCCUUGACGGACCCUUUCCCACGGUCCUCAACCGGCUCCACCACACCGCAGAGGCACGGAGAGCUCAUACAUUACGUCCUGCAACAUACGGCCAGCACUGCGAGUAAGGUAGUAGCCGCUCGGUCAAGUUUCGCAAAAAUAAUCAUUUCUGGAAUCUAAGUUUGUUCCAUCAGGUCCGAGCAGAGGAUGGAAAAGGAGACGCGAGGGCUCAUGAGAAAUACAACGUGGUGCAUCUUCGCCGGACGAGUUUUUGUUCAAGAAAAAUGUUGAGCAGGGGUUGGGUGAGGUCGUCGUCGUCGUGACGCGGGAAGGCGCGACGUGUUGCCAUUCCCUUAUCGGGACCUCGUAGAUGGUGAGGGCGACGACGACGACGAAGGCGGGGCGCGUGCGCGCACGCCGCCGCCGGCCGCACCUUGCAUUUGAUAUCGCGCGGGGCGGAGCGCUUCUCAUUCCAAGGCGCGCUUCUGCGCGGGCACUGCACUGCACCACCACCGCACCGCCGCCGCCGCCAUGGCUAAAUAGGGCCCGUGCCUCGUCGGCGGCGCAGCGACUUGGACAAGAAACUCCGCGGUACAUACCGCCGCGGCGAGAGAGGGGCUGUUGUCCUGAGCCUCUCCGCGCGCGGUACAGCUCCGCAAAGCCCACGCCUCGCACUGUGCUGUGUGCUGUCCGCCGUCGUCCGCUGUCCGGCCGCAUGAUUUGUGCACGACGACGCCGCCUCUCCUCGCGGAGACAAAAAGUGAAGCAGCGCAGCACAGAGCAGCGCUGGCGGAGAGUCGCGCGGUGACAAGUGGGCGCGCCCACGGGCCGGGCGAGGGGCCUAUGGUUUAUGGAUUUGCCGUCCGGGGCGACUGCUGCGACUGCGGUGAGCGCGGCGGAGCAGCAGAGCACGGCCGUCAACCACCGUCACCACCACGUCCGGGAGGGUGUGUGAGAGAGGUGCUGCGCGAGCAGCUAGUGUGAUCGCAGUGUGAUGGCUCCAGCUGGGGACGCCGCAGUCCACCUAACGACCACUUCUGCGUCUCCGCGUGGCGCCUGGCCCACCUGCGCGCGGCCGGGCGGGGCUGGCCGCCCCCGCGCGCCGCCUCCUUCUGGUCCCGGCCCUGGCGCCGGCGCCAUCACCAGCACGGCCACGCGGCCGCCGGAGCAGCUCGGGACCCGUCGGUAGCGGCCCCGCGCCCGGCGUGAUGUCGGGCUCCACGUGGAUCUUGUGGCGGUGCAGCACGGUGUAGUUCCGGCGCGAGUCGCACUGCAGGAGCCGAGACCCGAUGCCGCGCUUCAGCAGCGGGGCCAGCUCGCGACGCAGGCAGGACGCCGUCAGCGACGGGUAGGCGGGCCCCAGCACCACCAGGAUCUCGCCGAAGCGCGCCCCCCGCGGCCGCUUCUCCUGCAGCGAGCCAACGGCCGUCACCACCGCGGCCAUCGUCAGGGUGGGCCGGCCGCGGCAGCCACCCGGGAAGCCGUCGUCCGGCCGCUGCACGUGCGCGAUCUCCUCCGAGGACGCCCUCUCCAGGUCGCGACCUGGCGCGAUCGGGCGUUGGUUGUGGUCCAUGGUGCCGGCGCCAGCGUCAUGGACGCCACCCUGGGCACGCGCGAGAGAGGGGCCCGAGGCCCGAGUCAGUGUUGUUGUGGCAACCGGGAGCUUCGGGACUUGCGCCGGAUAAUCCUUUGCGCACCUGUGGGAGGCAGUUGUCUGAAACAUGGACAGAUUCGACCAGGAUAGAGCCGCGACGGGAGCAACGGACCCCGCCAUCAUCGAAUACCUGAACGACAAGAGGACACGGGAUGUCGUCCAGUUCCUCAUCGCCCACCUGGCCGUCAGCAGGCCCAGCGAUCGCGUUGCGUUCCUGGCCGACCUCUUCGACAGGGCGGUGCAGAGUCGCGGGGAGGUGGCCAAGACCGCGGAGCUCGACGACAGCCUCAGCAUCUUCCAGCUGAGACACGUCGAGGCCAUGUUCGACGCCAUGGACCCGUUCCGGAAGAGGGCCAUCACCUUCGUCCAGUACCACAACGGAAUGGGCACUAUGGGCCUGGUGGACUACAACAGGGACCCGCCCGUCGACGCCGACGGGAACGUCUCCAGGGAUACGUUUGUCCGAGAGGCGUAAGUAGGGAACCAUUCUGCCUUGCAGAUGUGAGAUAUCAUGCAGACUUAGGGGACUUACGGCAACGAAAAACCCGCGCGAGGGCCGAGCGAACGCGAGAACUGACGCCCGUGAGGUAGGCAGCCCAUUCGACACCCACGUCGGCUGAGCGCUCGGCUUCCGCGGCGCGGACUUCCAGACACACCCUUACGCAGAGUCACGCACUGCCAGUGGGGUCCUUAACGGAACACUACCCCCUCCCCUCCCUCCCUUGCCCCGCACCCCACACACAAACACCACAAACACACACCUCAAACCGGCCGCGACAGGUCACGCCGCCUCAUUGAACACACCCUGCUCACCGCCCUGUGAGGUCGCGGCCCGCGGCGCCCCGCACGACCGGCGCGACCCCCGGGGGUGCAUUGUUGCUGGUCGCCGGGGCGAGCACCGCAGCGGCCCAGUGCGCCAGUCAGGAGGAGGACGCCGGACGACGCGCACGCACCCACGGACUCGUUGCACUCCGGGAGCGCGCGCGGAGCCACGCUUUUUAACCAGCACCAGCACCACCACCACCCCGUCGCGAACCUCAAGCACCUCAACACUCACCACCACCGCAACCGCCGACAGACAAGAUGAGGGAGUGCAUCUCGGUCCACGUGGGGCAGGCCGGCGUGCAGACGGGCAAUGCGUGCUGGGAGCUGUACUGCCUGGAGCACGGCAUCCAGCCCGACGGGCAGAUGCCCUCGGACAAGACGGUGGGCGGCGGCGACGACUCGUUCAACACCUUCUUCAGCGAGACGGGCGCCGGCAAGCACGUGCCGCGGGCCGUGUUCGUCGACCUGGAGCCCACCGUGGUGGACGAGGUGCGCACCGGCACCUACCGCCAGCUCUUCCACCCGGAGCAGCUCAUCACGGGCAAGGAGGACGCCGCCAACAACUACGCCCGCGGCCACUACACCAUCGGCAAGGAGAUCGUCGACCUGGUGCUGGACCGCAUCCGCAAGCUGGCCGACCAGUGCACCGGCCUGCAGGGCUUCCUGCUCUUCCACUCGUUCGGCGGCGGCACCGGCUCCGGCUUCACCUCCCUGCUCAUGGAGCGGCUCUCCGUCGACUACGGCAAGAAGUCUAAACUCGAGUUCGCCGUUUACCCCGCGCCGCAGAUCUCAACCGCAGUGGUAAGUCCGCAGCACUCCCAUCGAACACCCCCCUUUCACCACUUUUCACUCCCCCUCCCCAAAUUCGCAUCUCCU